CACGUGCAGCGGUUAUACUUGACAUUUUGCGCUUGGCGAAAUGGUUGCCCAAAGAGUCCACGACACACGGGCUGGGACAACCUUCGGGAAGGCACCGCGCUUUCAACCCCACGGCCCCACCAACCAGAUCAGAGUAGCGUCAGCGAUCAAGGCACAUUCGGUUCUGAAUGAAAUCGACAAUCUUUUGCACUCGUUGGGCCCACUUCGACCAAAAUCAACGCCGGCUCCGUCCAAAGACCAUCCCAAUCUGAACGUAAAGCAUCAAAUACGAAGCCCUGCUGUGCCUUUUUCGACGAGUUCUCGCAUCAAGCCCCAACGCAAGAGUUCUCUUGGUCCCGGCAUGUACGAUACGACCCGAGCUGAUAAAGUGGUCCGUCGACGCCUUGCAGGCUCUGCAUGGCCUUCACCCCCUCCACAGAAGCACUUGCUUUCACAACCGACUGACAACAAUGCUACCACUGACGAUAGCAGCACUGAGUCCGAUUCAUCUGCAUGUUCCGUCGAGAAGUUCGUUCAGGAAGCGCUACGCCUCCAACCACUGCCGCGCCCAUCUACGACAUGUCGCCGAGCCCGUCGAAGUCCCGGUUUCCAUUCCAUCUCGUAUACGCUGGUAGAUCGCCGCGUCACUGGAGCUCCUUUAAUGGCCCAAGCAGCUCGAAGUUGCUCCAGUACUCGCAAACUUCGCCGAAGAGGACUCGUAUGCGUCCUGACAAAGCAAGCAUGGUCCACUCGGCACCCAACCUGGCUUCCCGUACAGCUGCAUUCGUCAUGGUUGAGAAGGACCCGCUGUCGCUUGGUAUCAGGUUUUGGCCUCAAAGUAUCUCGUCGGUCGGGGGCGUCGUCGUUGAAACCAUCGGAAUGGACAGCGCCGCAGUGUCAUCAACCUUGGAUUGCACAGGCUGUGGCGAGGGCGUGGUCGAAGCAGCUCGGGCGUGAUCGCGUGCAGUGCAAAGUCAAAGGCGCCAAGAAGAUCUUUGCCUUUUGCAUGCCAUUGUCCCGUCGAGGCAGCUGCGGUGCAAAGGUUGCAGCGUUGGAGGCACCAAAGAGGAAGUGCCGCGGGGCUUUGGUCCAGUACGACAAAGCUGUUGGGCGUAACGAUGCCGUGGGGCCAUUCGGUGCCAAGCCAGACUCAAGCGAGUGGGGCCAUCUGCUGGCAAGGGAGUGCGUGGAUUUGAACGUGGAUCGGGCGUGUGUCCAGCCACGAGUUCCGUCGGUCGUGCUUCCGCGGCGUGCAUGGCGACCGAGACUCCCUGACAAUUGCUCAAACCACUUGGAUUUGUGUCCUCAAUACAGCUUUGGAAAGAAGAGGGUGAAGGGCGUGGUUCGUUUUGAGAGGGGGCCGAACACAACAUCGAGAGUGCCGAACGAGAAAGUUGGCGAAAGGGUCCCUGUCGAAAUGAAGUACCACGCGGUGGAGCCAAGAGUGAAAGGCAUUGUCGCAUAUCAACCCACCAACUCCAUCAUGCAUCAUCCACCCGAUGCAAACCUCUGUAUCCUGCAGCCAAGUUUAGUUUGGACCAUGCCGCGCCACGGCGGUGUCCAAGACAUGAGCAAAACACCUGACCGAUGGCAAGUAUCGCCGACUUUGCGCCGUCGAAAUCAAGAUCACAUCUUGUUUCGAUCAAAUGCCAAGGACGCUGUUGCAACUUCUGCGCGCGUCCAGAGCAAAUACACCAGAAUGCCCUCCAUGGUUGAUAUGGCAAAGCAGCUGAAACGUGUUGAUUCUGGGAGAGCGAAGGGCUACAGCGACGCAAACUACGACAUUUCGAACCAAGCGCGAAUUCUGGGCACGUCUACAAACGCGAGCAAGACAGUUGUGAACUUGGCGAAGGCAUCCGCCUCCCGACCGCAGCGGCUACCAUGCGAUGAACGAACGCUCGAUCUUGAUGUGGCCAAGGCAAUUCAUGCCAGCAGUACAUCCAAACGGGCACUUGCGACAGUGCAUAUGGCCAUGCAAGGCACCGCCGCCGUCGAAACCAGCUGGGCAUGGGCUGACUCUGGACCCAACACCAUGGAAAAAGGUUGCGCAGAAGGGAAUCGUGGCCAAGCAACAGGCGAGGGUGGAACUAUUUGAGGGAUGCACGAAGGAAAUGCCCUCGCUCACUCUGUCGCCUUGCGAUCCUACUGUUGUUCUCUCCGACUACAGACGCCCUCAAACCUAUGUGAGCAUGUCCCAAGGCCAAGUGGGCGGGUCUCUAUUCGUAAAGUCAAAGCACACGACACGUUGCCGACCCCGAACUGUAUUGCAGCUGUGACCAAGAAAACAACGAUGC